GGCCAGGGGGGGAGGGGGGCGGGGCGCGGGCCGCGCCCUGCGCAGCCGCGCGGACCGCCGCCCGCGGCCGGCGGAUGUCCUUGGCCCCCGCCCCCCUCCCCGCGGGCAGCGGCGGACGGCCGAGGGCCUCCCGGGCAGGGGCCCAUGCUGGCCGCCGCCGCAAAGGGCGAGACGGCCCCGACGCGCUUCCCCACGCUCGCGCUGCAGCAGGUGGCCGCCUCGCUUGACGUGGCCGGCCUGGGCCGCUGCGGCGCCGUGGCGCGCGACUGGCGCCUGGCCAUCACCCGCCGCGCUGAGGAGAAGGCGCUGCGCCGGCAGUUCGGGGGCGAGGAGGGCGGCUGGCUCGCGCGCCACUCGCCGAGGAGCCGCUCCCAGGCCCUGCGGCGGCUGUCCAGGGGCGCGCGGCUCGGCGCUGGCACGGCGCCGGCGUGGCGCGCGUUACCUCUGCAGGGGCCCCCCUCCGCCUGGCGUGAGAGCCACACGAUCGUGGCGCUGCCCCGCCAGUUGUCGACCGGCAGCGGCCCAGGUCGGUGCAGUGACAGGUGGGGGUGGCGGGGACCUGUGCCGCGAGGAGCCCUGAGAUCCUGUGGCGUCUCCGCCUUUUGAGCCGGGCGCUCUCUCUCGCCCAGUCUUAGGCCCUCUUCCUCCUCCUCUUCCUCUUCUUCC